GCAGCAUCAAAAGCCUCGACGCAUGCGUUUUUGAGCGGCGCCGCUAGGCCCAAUCUGUGCAGGUAGGCUAGCGAGAACGCUUGACCCGGCAUCCAAGGCACCAGCGCACCGAGCUUGCAAGCGUACGACAGCACUGCGCAACAAAAAGGCCUAAAAUAGCCCUGCUGGACCCAGCCUCGCAGAGAUGGCUCGGCAACGGCGACGGAUAGCGUCAGCGCUCCUCAUCACCGCGACGCAUGCCCUGGCACCACCCAGAGUGGUCGUCACCGGCGUCGGCGCCCUGACGGGCGUGGGCAACACCUACGAGGAGACCUGGACCAACAUCUGCGCGGGCAAGACGGGCAUCGCGCCUGUUGAUGCCUUCGACGAGCCGGAGCGGUUUGGGAGUACGGUCGGCUGUCAAGUGAGAGAUUUUGACGGCAAGGCCUGGUUCGCGAGCCCGAAGACGGCGAACGCGAACGACCGGUAUACGCACCUCGCGAUGGCGGCGGCGAGGCAGGCCUACGACGACGCGAAACUUGAUAUCGGUGAGAACGCGGACCCCGAUCGGGUGGGCGUGAUGAUUGGAAGCGCCUUCGGGGGUAUUGGCACCGUCGAGAGCGAGUACGAGCGCAUGCAGAAGCGGGGGCCGAGACGGGUCUCGCCCUUCGCCAUCCCCGCUUUACUGGGCAACACGGCGUCCGGCGUUGUUGGGAUUGAGCUCAAUUGCCGGGGCCCGAACUUUGGCGUCGUCUCGGCGUGCGCGAGCGGCACGCACGCGAUCGGUGAAGCCAUGCUGGCCAUUCAGAGAGGAGACGCCGACAUUGUCAUAUGCGGCGGCAGCGAGGCGGCGAUGACGCCGCUCAUGUACGGCGGCUUCGGGGCCAUGAAGGCCAUGUGUACGAAGUUUAACGACACACCAGACAAAGCAAGUAGGCCCUUCGACGCGGACCGGGCGGGCUUCGUCAUGGGCGAGGGGGCCGGCGUUAUUGUCUUAGAGUCCGCGGACCACGCGGAGAAGCGAGGCGCGUCGGUCUAUGCGGAGCUCGCGGGCUACGGCGCCACCUGCGACGCGCACCACAUCACGACUCCCGCACCGGAAGGUGCCGGCCUCGCGCGGUGUCUCGACGUCACCCUCAAACAUGCCGGUGUGGAGCCGUCGGAGGUCGUCUAUGUCAAUGCGCACGGCACGUCGACCGCGUACAACGACAAAUUUGAAACGAUGGCUUUGAAAACGGUCUUCGGCGACCACGCGUAUAACUUACGGGUCUCGUCGACAAAAGGCGCGACGGGCCACACCAUGGGCGCCGCCGGCGGCAUCGAGGCCGUCCUGACGUGUUUAGCGGUGAAACAUGGCGUCUGCCCGCCCACCAUAAACCUCGAGACGCCGGACCCGGACUGCGACCUGAAUUAUGUUUCCGACGGCGCGGAGCAGCGCUCGGUGGACGUGGCGAUCACGCAGAACCUGGGUUUUGGGGGGCACAACGGCGCGCUGGUCUUCAAGAAGGUCUAACUAUAUCUUAAAUCGACUAGUAGAAGUAGGAGUGGCCCAGUGGGUGGGAAUGUCGAAUUUUGGUGGGCGCCGACCGC